AUGGCAGACGACGAACUAGCAACCAGAGCACCUGAAAGCGACUUGGCCGAGCAGAGUGCCAUUCCCGGCGACUCGGCCGUCGAUCAAGGACCCAAACCACUCUCCACCUCCCAAACCCCUACCGGCCAAAUCUCCAAAUACAACGACGUAGACUGCUACAUCACCAAACCCGCCGACUACCCUCACGCACCCUGCAAACUCCUCCUCUUCCUCACAGGAGGCACCGGUAUCCAUGCCCCCGCCAACAAACUCCAAGCCGAUGCCUACGCCGAGCAAGGCUACUUGGUCAUCAUGCCCGACCAAUUCAGCAACGACCCAGCACCGAACUCUGUCUUCUCUGCUGGCGACGACAAGACCAGUUUCCUCGAGUCGUUGAAACUCAGAGCUGCAGAGGUGGCAAAGAGCUUUAGAUUGGACAUGUGGUUGGCGAGACACACGCCGAGCAGCGUGUUGCCGCGAUUGAUCAAGGUGUUGGACGCCGUCAAGGAUGAGUUUGCGGAUGCGGUGCAAGCCGGUGGUGGUGUGUAUUGUGUGGGUGUCAGUGUGGGAGGUAGACAAGCACUGUUGCUUGCCAGCGAACUGGGAGCAGAUGUGUUCGAAGGUCAAAAGGAGGUCAGUGAAGAGGCCGCUGGCAAAGUCGAGGAAGGUAUGGUCAGAAGGGGUCCUGCUGUCAAGGCUGCUGUGAUUCUUCACGGUGCUACCAUUGAGCGCGAAGACUUUACUGGUGUCAAGAGCCCCAUUGCUUUGUUGAGUGUGGAUGAGGAUGCGCUGUUCAGCGAUGAGGUGCGCGAGGCUGGCGUCAAGAGCUUGAAGGAAAAGGGUGUCGAGGUCCAGGAAUGGACUUAUCCUGGAGUGCCGCAUGGCUUUGCUGUCGUCGGAGAGUACCAAGAUGAAGCCAUCAAGCAAGCCCAGAAGCAGGCCUUUGAGGUUGUGCUUGAAUGGCUCAAGGCACACUAA